GAUGGCGGAGACAGCACCUAUGGACCCGGAAAACGCCAAGAUAGACAGGGAAAAUUCUGUGAAAAUCAUAUGUUUAGGAGAUUCUGCUGUAGGAAAAUCGAAAUUAGUGGAGCGUUUUUUAAUGGAUGGAUACCAACCACAACAGUUAUCAACAUAUGCACUGACGUUAUUCCGAUAUAAUACAACAGUUAAUAGUAAAGAAGUAGUUGUAGAUUUUUGGGAUACAGCCGGACAGGAAAGAUUUAGUAGCAUGCAUCCAUCAUAUUAUCAUCAAGCACAUUGUUGUAUACUUGUAUUUGACAUAACUAGAAAAAUUACGUAUAAAAAUCUUCCAAACUGGUUUAAAGAAUUACGAGAAUACAGACCCUCCAUUCCGUGUAUAUGCGCAGCAAAUAAAAUUGACGUGGAUUACAAUGUUACAAAGAAAGCUUUCAAUUUUGCCAAGAAACACAAUAUGCCCUUCUAUUUUGUAUCAGCUUCAGAUGGUACUAAUGUAGUAAAGUUAUUUAGAAAUGCAAUUAAAUUAGCUACAGAAUAUAAAGAAAACUCAACAGAUUUUAUGGAUGAAGUUAUGAGAGAGUUAGAUAAUUUUGAUGAACUAAAUUUAUCAUCAGACAGUGGUCUAGACACAGCACCAAACUCAGAGGAAAAAGAUGAAAAAGAAGCAUAGGAGAUCUGUCCAUUUUUAUCAACUUAAGUGGUACAUUAUUUUUUACACAAUAUUUUCAGGUCAAACCAACAACUAUGCUUGUAAUUGAAUAUUUGUACCAAAUAUGUUUAUCUAUAUUCUCUUGUUUGUUAUCUACUGUCUUUUAGUUCUAAGGGUCCCAUAUGAUAAAUGAUAUAUAUUUUUUUUUCUUGUCAGCUGUGUCUAUUUAUUAACUGCACCAUCUACUUUUUGUAGCAUUUUUACCAAGGGCUUAUAUAAUCUUUCACAACAACAUACUUUGUAUUAAUUAG